CUCAUCCUUUGUUGCACGAUGUGAAUUGUACCUUCAUACCUCUGAUGAACUUCAUGUGCGGAGAUGUACGUGUUAAAGAAACCCUGACGAAAGAGGGCUUAGCGGACGUGGUGCACAAGUUAUGGGCCUGAAUAGCGUUAAAUAAAACAGUGUCAACGUCUGCUUUAAAAUUGCUAGCGACAUUCACAACGAAAUGUAACGUUGCCGCACAGUCUUUAACAUUAACGACGAUAUUACCGGGAAGUGGAUUAUAAGGAAAACGCCAAAUACGCUCGCGCUGAUACAUGUCAUCAUACAAGUAACGUGCAAAGAAAUUGAAAAGGCCGGUCAAAUUUUCGAUAAUCACAAGAUGCACUUCGCCUUCCACAUUCUGCGAAAUGCGGUGCACGUUCACGAGUGUAGAGUCUGCAUUUCGAAGACUAUACCCUUUUCACCCAAACGAAUGGCGCCAUCUCUCGGUUUUUACUAAACACUAUUGUUUGAUACUUCUGAUUCUAUCUUCAUCAUUGUUUUAACAAAACACAAUUAGUAUUAAACGACAAUUGUAUCAGCGUGCAUUUGUGACGCAUAAAAAAUAUGUCUACGAUUCCCGUUUUUAAUCCAAGCCUGCAUGUGUAUCUCAAAGACGUAGCAGGGAACAUGAUACGGAGCGUUAGAGGAUAUAACAUUGCUAUAAAUGUACAAGAUCAGAGUUUGAUCGAGGUCUGCCUGCCUGAUACAGAGGCCUGCAUGAGCAGUACAACUGACUGUGAGCACAGUCCUUUUCUCGACAACUCAGAAGAAAAUGAGGAUAAUCAACAAGCUGCUACUGUUCAACCUUCGACUUUAUCUACUGUUCUUCCACCUGAAGGCAAUUCACAACCGAAGAAAAGCAAAACCCAAACUGCUUCAAAUGUUGCAAUAUGGACAGAUCAGUUGGUUGUAAGAAGCCUCAUACACUUCUGGUCUGCGAAUCAAGAAUUGUUCGCAAACACUUCAAUGAAAAACGAUGAUGUAUGGAAAAUAGUUGCCGAGGAACUAAAUACACUUAAAAAGACACAUUAUUUUUUAGAUUAGUGUAAAAAUAAAAUGAAAGAGUUAAAGCGAAAAUACACUGAAACCAAAGACAACAAUAUGCAGUCCGGUGCAGAGGCCAAGACAUGUCCAUUUUAUGAAGAAUUAGAUGAAAUUUUAGGCAAAAAGCCAUGCGUCAAGCCCGUUGCACUGGCCUCCAACAGGCGUCCCGUUCUGGAUAAAAUGUGCACGGAUGUAGACUGUAAAGAAGAACCUGAGAAAAA